AUGCUAGGCACCACCGACACAGCGACAGGGGCACCAGAAAAUCUGAAAGGAGAAUCACUCGAACGAGAAGCAAGCAACUUUGCAACAGGCCUUGUAGCUCUCUCUGUGAAUAUCUUUGUUGACAAAGAUCCUCAGCAUGAUGAAUCUCAGAGAGGCGGCGGAAGGACCGAGAAUCUAAAUGAUCCUAGGUCAAUGGCCACCAGGAUUACCACAGCCAAGGAUAAGGCUGCUGGAGUUGACAACCCUUCGUGGGAUAAGACCAGAUCACCUAUGCAGGAACUCAUGUGGAGUCAGAUGAGGCCUUUGAUGCAUUGGAUUUGUCGAUUUUGUGAUAUUUGGGAACGCAGUGCCAAGAUCACUACUCUCUGCUUUGGUAUCGCAUUCUUUGGUAGUAUCUCCUUGAGAACAUCAUACAAGGGAUUCAGAUCCGUGAUGCACAAAAUUGUAUUCAAAGGAGUACCGACAGACUCCCAAAUAACAAUAGCCCUUCUUCGACAAGGCGAACGUAAUAAGACACCGCUCUCACCACCACCUGUCCCCAAAGGCCCUCCGCCAGGCAAACCACACUCGAUAGACGAUACUGUAAUAGGCGCUGCUGGGAACGACAGUCCACUCGGCGUGUCCCAGCAUGAGAUUCUAGCAGCGGCGGAACAAGACGUCGGGACUACCAAAGAUACAGGCGGCGAUGACCAUGAAUCCUGCAAGUCUGGAAGCGGCGGCAAGAAACGCAGCAAACUUCUCAGUGUCAUAAGGCCAGUUGCUCAAGCAGCCGCAAAGACACUUAUAGGCGUCGAUAAAGUCCGUGCCAAAACGGGAUCCGAGUCAGCGAAAAACCGUCUUGGAGCUGCAUCACCGAGAGAAGAACCUCCCAUUGCAGGGCCGGUCGAAUUUACAUGUCGAUGGCGGGGCGAGAGAGGGUUCGUAUACCUCACUACCGACACUGUAGGGCCUGCUCUGUGCUUUUCCAAAAAGUCUUCUGUGGGUGAUUUGGAUAGCUCAGAGUAUCAGGAAGUGCAACCGGAGUGGAUCAUACCGGUUGCGGAUAUUGUAACGCUGAACAAGUAUUCUGGUUACGGAGCAAAGGCUAAACUUCUAGCUGGAUGGGCUUUGGAAGAUGAUAUCGUUGAUGGAGUGGAGAUUGUUGACAGCAAGGGAAAUGCGGUUCUUGUUACGGCUAUGGUUAGGAGGGAUGAGUUGUUUAAUAGGCUUUGUGCUAUUGGGGAACAGAAGUGGGAGAUAUGGUAG